AUGUCGUUUCUCGAUAUCGUUUCGAAAUUCAACCAACAGGCCGACAGCCAUUCGAAAUCGCAGUCUCUGAACCCGUUUUCGGAUCAAUUCGAACAGUCGCGAUCGCCGUCGCCUCGAUUUUCCCGGGAGGAAUACGGAAAGCCUAUAGCGGGCUCUAAGACAGAUCUGAGGGGACGCAAAGCAAAGUCGCACAUUUGCCGUGAGAUCUUGGAACUGUGCACCGUCAUACACGAUGUGGGCACGUACAACACGAAAAAGAGAGAUCCCGACGACGAGGACCAACCGAUCGACGACGGUACAAUUAUCGUCAGUUUUGGCGAACUUUUCCAGAUUUACACGAAAAUAUCGGACAAAGUGGUGGGUCUGCUGAUAGCGGCCAAACGCCGCGGUUUCGUGUAUUUCGAUCGGGAAAUACUUUUCCAAAGGAGAGAUGACGACGUACUUAUCGCUCUGUUGAAACCCAUUUCCGAAAUUAGCAAAAUAUUAAAAGAGGACAUAAGUCAGGCAAACUCGUCGGCACCUGUGGAGUCGAAGCCAGUGGAAAAAAAAAAAUCACCUUCAUCCAGUAAAACGAAACGAGCUAAAUCCGAGUCUAAAAAGGAGCAAAACGAAACGUCCACUAACCAUUUGACGAUCGAUGACCAACCAAAUGUCAUAUUAUCAUCAGAAGUUACAAAUGGCAAUUCACUUGUCGUAGAAAUUGGAAUCAAUGACGACUGUAAAACAAAUUGUGACGAACUAAUAGACGUCAAAGUGUUUGACGUCGAUAACGUCGGGCAGAACGAUGACGAUCAUAACGCAAAUUGUAACGAACAAGUCGACGAUAUAUUCGUUGGAGGAGAAUUAGUUAAUAAUGUUGUUGAAAUUUCAGAAAAUAUGGAGAACCAAAUAUGUAAUCAAGUAGAAGAUGACGUAUCGGAGGGAGUGAAUGGUUUAAUUAUUGAUGACGAAACUGAGACGAAAGAAAUCGAUGGUCCCUCCAAUGAUGGGGUUAUUGAAAAUAAAAUCGAAAUCUGCGAUUUGGCAGCGGACGACAGUAGUGGCGAAGUGGGGGCGGAAGUCGAAAAUGUUCAAAGCGAAACGUACAUUGAGAUUAAUAAAAUUCAUACGAACGACGGUCAAGUAGACGUGACAGAAGAAAGUAUAAACGACGUGGUCAACGGUACCGAAAAUAUCAUCAAUAACGAAACAGAACAGCACAUGUGUUCUUAA